AUGCCUCAGGACAGUCUCAGUAGUGAAACCCUGCGAUCAUCUCUGCUUUACCAGCAACCUCAGAGCCUGAUUCAGCCAUCCUUGCAGGCAGAAAUGGACUGUGAUGUGAGCAAUCCGUUACAGCCUGUGUUCUUUCCUGUGGAUCCCAACUUCAACGGGCUUUUCCGCAACCGCUCCAUCUCCCCCAACAGCCUGCUGGAGACCACCAUUAGUGAAGAAGUAAGGCAAGAGAAGGAGCUGGAAGACGAAAUUAAGGCAUAUGACCACCCCAUCCGCAUCCCUAGCAACACCAGCAGGAGGCACACACUGGCCGAAGUGACCACUCAUUUCUAUCAGCAUGCCCCUCCAUGUAUAGUCAUUUCCUCUUCUGCAAGCCCCACCGAGGGAACUAGUUCAGACAGCUGCCUUACUUCAUCUUCAAAUGACAGCUCAGUGGCCCUGAGCAGCUGUUUGGCAGGUCAAGUAAUGACGGGGAGCCCAGCCACAGCUAGGAUGACAUCGCCCUUCCUAGCUUCCCAGUCUGACGCUCCGGUGUUACAAGCCCAGGGCUGCAUGGGAGGUGCUUCUCUCCUGCCUGUCAGCUUCCAAGAAGGAAGGCGAGCAUCUGAUACCUCAUUAACUCAAGGCUUGAAGGCUUUUAGGCAGCAGCUGCGGAAGAACGCUCGAGCCAAGGGGUUUCUCGGCUUGAAUAAAAUCAAAGGCUUUGCUCGGCAGGUGUGUCAGUCCUCCUCAUCUCGGGCAGCAAGGAGUGCCAUGAGCCCUUUCCAACACACGCAGCCGAACACCUGCAUGUACAGCAGCAGCGGGAGCAGCAGAGAGGGAAGAAGCCUCCUGGAGGAGGUGCUACAGCAGCAGAGAAUGCUCCAGCUCCAGCAUCACCAGCUACUCCAGACAGCUUGUCCCCAGACUUCUCAGACAUCUGCAACAAAUGGCGUCCCCUCCUCUGAUAGCAUAGGUACCUGCAAAGCAUCCAAUUCUCUUCUGUUGUCAGAGCUACAAAGAGAGAACUCAUUUGAGCUGGCCUUUGCUGGCAACAGCCAACUGCUCCAACCUCAUUUCUUUGGUGUCAGCGUGUCACCGGUGUCCUCAGCAGCUCACCUUCUAGACACGCACCUGUACAUCAGCAGCAACGUCUCUCCAGUCAGCACCACCUUCUCUCAGCAACAGGGUUUCUCUGCACAGUCUCCAAGCUAUGAUGCUGUCACUCUGCAGCACGGGGACUGUGAGAUGGAGGACCUGACUUCCAACCAGCUAGGGAAGUUUGUCCUAGUCAAAUGAGAGCCCCGGCUGCUAUAGCUCGCGCUGCUCUUGUUGCGAAGAACUUUCACCACUGUUCCAUGGCGUGUGUGGGUCCAUGGCUGGCUGGUGUCGUGUGGACGAGUGACUCUCAGAAGCAAUAAAUUUUGAAGUAUGUGAAGAGGCUGUCUGGCUCAGAAAGCUAGCAACUUUAUAGAACUGAAACAAGCAAUAUGUAUGUCUUUUUGCUUCUACUAUUCUUGCACUGAACAAAUAUGAAUAGAAACUGAAUUUUUUAAAGGAAAAAUAAUGAUGGGGAAGAUGGGUGGGGCAUUUGUGGGGACAGGGAGGGAUGUGGUUGGGGAAGAACUCUUCGGUACUGUACUCAAGUCAGACCAAUACAGCUCUGCUGUUAUGCAAGAUUAGCAGCUGUCAGUAGUGGUGACACAGCAGGGAGAGGCUUUUCAAAGAAGGGACCAGAGCCUCCCUUUUUCACAAUAUUCAUUUAUGGGUUUGUGAAGAUGAUUACCUCUUUUAAAGAAAAUAAACAGAAAACCAGUGGCAUGCAGCAUUAUGCAUUCAUAGAAGACAAAAAUGGAAGCAUUGCCAUUUGUUGUUGGGGUUUUUUUUUCUGCUGUUAACACUCGUUUUAUUUAAAGGAACCAACAUCCCCAUUCCACGCCUCCCAGAUACAUAUACUUUAAAUGAAAACUGUGAACUUCUUGCUUGAUACAUCAGCUGGAAAAGCUUAAAAAAAACCACUUCUAAUUAGUACGGAAGCAAGUAAGCUAUUGAAAAUGUAUCCCUUGAUAUCAGAAUCCAAAUUGCAUAAUUGUCUGGUCUUUUGCAGUGAUGUUUGUUUGGGGGUGGUGUGUGUGCAUAUACAUAUAUACGCAUGUGCACACACAUAUAUUUUGUCGGUCUGAAUAAUCUUUAGGAAUCUUUUUAUAAAUGCUAAGUUUUUUCAUAUUCUUGCAGAGGCACUGAGGAGGGAAGCAUUAGCACCGGUGGGGCGAUGGGAAGGGUUUUCUCUUUUAAAAAGCCCUCUUGGAGGUUGCCUACAAAGUUGCCCGAGGGGUAUUUCUUAGUGCUGCACAUUGUUAUUUCCGCUGCUAAUUACGUUUUUAUGCAUUUCAUUAUCAGGGUCCAAACAGAACUGACUCUUGGGGAAAUGUGCAAUAUUGAGGUUAUAAUUAUAUACUGACAAAGACAAAAGGAACAGGCUAGAACAGAAUUCUGCUCUAACAGAGUACAGCUAUCUCUGAACAAAACUGUAUUAAAAGUGAGUAAAACAGCACAAUCUUUGGGUGUUUGUUUUUGGUUGGUUUGUUUUUGGCAUAUUAGCAAAAUGAGGUUUUGGAUUAGAUAGGUGUUUUUUUGGUAUGGUUUUUAAUGCUGUAUAUGUAUAUAAAUAGGAAGCAGAAAACUGUAUAACACUAGUUAUUUUUUAUAUUUUGUAGUAUGCUUAUAUUGUGUUUCUGGUAUAAACCCCACUCCCCUCCCAAGGCAGAGCAUGACUUCCGUUGGUAUCAGAAGUUAUGCUGAGGUAUAAAGGGGAGAACAGACUGUGCUCCUACGGGAAUGAAUAGGGUAGGGUGUGCAAACUUUGGAAGCAGGUGAGCAGACAGUGAGCCAGCCUGGCUGGAAGCUGCCAUCCGAAUGUCAGAAAAUAGCUGCAUUCUGCCUAAAUGCUUAAAGGACCCAUCUCCCUGGCGUGACACAGGGUGCCUUCAAGUUACCUUGGCUUCAUGCAACCUGCAGUAUUACGCAUUUGCAAAUAAUGUAGAUACCUGUUUUUGUGUUUGUUUUGUUUUUUUAAAAAAAGAAAAAAAGCCAAAGAUCGACCAGGUUAAUUGGUGGGAGUCGGAAGGGUUGAGGAUGUCACAUGGCUCUGUCUGUGGCUCUCCAUGAACAACCUCUUUAUCUGUGUGUCUGUAUUGGUGCAUCUCCAGCUUGCCACUGCUGCUACGUGGUCUGGAAGCUUCAAAGUGAGAGAAAAUCGCUUGAGUGGAAUAUCUGUUAACGAGUGGUGCCUUGCAGCAGAGAAAACACCAAAGUCUCAUGCUCAUUUGUAGUGGUUUUCAAUAAAAAACAAAACAAAAAAAACCAACCCAAAACCCAGAUUGCGUGGAGAUGGCUGGAGAGGAGGGCAAGAAGAAGCCAGCUUGCUACAAAGCAGCAACUUUGCCUUCAGUUUUGUAAGGGGUAGCACACAUACUGAAAACGCAGAAUUUCCUCUUCAAUGUUUGUUUUCUUUAAUGCCAUGGAUCAAAAGGCCACAGAUUCUUUUGUUUCCUGUCCUGAGCAAUGACAAGCACUUUACUUUCAUAGGUUUGUUUUUUUUUUUUCCAAUUGCUGUAGAACCUCUUUGGAAUUAUUGCUGGAGCAGAAAGAGGUCAUUUUAAACGUUUGGGUUUUUUUGUAGAUAUCUCGACAGUGCUGUUCUGCAGACUGCAAUGCAAUAGGGUAUUUAAAGACACUACGUGAUUGGUUUAAUUGAGAUGUAUAGUUUAUUUUUUAUCAUGACUGAACAAUCAUUUUAUUUCUUAUGUUAAAAUGAGAGGUGUACACCAAGAUGAUUAGUCGAUGUGUUUUAUUUAAUAUUUAAAUAAAAAAUGUUUUAAAAU